CAAAGAGAACCCAAAAUCUCCUUCUCUUUCUUUCUCUCUGUGCUUUCUCUGUUUCUCUCGCUUAGUCUUUCCCUCUCUCUCUUUCUUAGUGUGCUGUUCGUUUCCCGGGAAAGUCGGCGUUUGGUUGGUUUGUUUAGGCUGGCUAUACCUCGAUUCGAACCUCAACAACCAUAUAUUUCUCUCUGCACGUGACUAGGAUAUUCUCUCUGAAAAUAGCGUGUGUGAAAAUUAUUGUUAUUGUUUUUUAAAUUUCAAUAAACUACCUGUAUUUGUCUCUGAAUCAAACGGAUUUUUCUCUGCAAAAAAAAAGCCAUUUGGUUUGGCGGAGAACGAAGCUGAACCGUUUAGAUCUGUGAAUCUUAUCGUAAAUAUAUUUAAAAAAAAAAAAAAAAAGAAUCAGAGAGAGAGAGAGGGAAAAAAAAAAUAGUGAAACUCUCUCUCUCGAAGUCUAUCUUUGUUUCUUCGCUCAGAUUUGAGUUUAUCUGGAUCUUGUAUUUCAAUCUUAUUUGGACUAAAAUACGUAGAUCCGAUUUAGGCUCCUAAAAGAGCUCCAAAUUUCUUUAAAUUUUGAAGUAUAUAACAGAAUCGGGAAUCUAGCUAAUAUUGGACUUUCGAUAAUUCCCGAAAAUGUUAGCGAGUUCGGGUUCGAUUUUCCAUCUCCGAACCGGUUCUUCCUCUCCUCAGCUUUCGCUUAACAAGUCCUCGAACCAACCGAAACCGAAACUCAAUGCCGCCCCGAUAACCCGGUUCAGUGCUCGGUGCUCGGCGGCGGCGGCGGCGAAGAAGUCGUCGUCGGUGAAUGUAUUAGACAAGAAGUUUUUGGGGACCCGAUUGAGAGCUUCCGGGCCGGGGAGGCUCCAUUUUUGGCAGUCGGAUGGACCCGGCCAGUCGCCGAAGCUCCGGGUCGGAAAAGUCCGCUCCGCAUUGUCUCUUGUGCCCGAAAAGCCCCUCGGGUUAUACGACCCGUCGUUUGAUAAGGACUCGUGCGGGGUCGGGUUCGUCGCGGAGUUAUCCGGCGAAAGUAGCCGCAAAACGGUAACUGAUGCUUUGGAAAUGUUGGUACGUAUGGCACAUAGAGGAGCUUGUGGCUGUGAAGCCAAUACCGGUGAUGGGGCUGGGAUUCUUGUCGCUCUUCCUCACCAAUUCUACAAGGAGGCUGCUAAGGAUCUUGGGUUUGAGCUUCCAUCACCAGGUGAAUAUGCUGUUGGCAUGUUCUUUUUGCCCUCGUCUGAUACUCGAAGGGAUGAAAGCAAAAAUGUAUUUACAAAGGUUGCGGAGUCUCUUGGGCAUACUGUUCUUGGGUGGCGACGUGUGCCAACAGAUAACACAGAUCUGGGCCAGUCUGCCUUGCAAACAGAACCUGUGGUUGAGCAAGUGUUCCUUACCCCAGCUCCUGAGUCACAAGUUGAUUUGGAGCAGCAGAUGUACAUACUGAGAAGGGUUUCAAUGAUUGCUUUAAGAGCUGCUUUAAACCUUGAAUAUGGGGGUGCCAAGGACUUCUAUAUCUGUUCACUUUCCUCAAGGACUGUUGUUUACAAAGGUCAGUUAAAGCCAAUUCAGUUGAAGGAUUAUUAUUACGCAGAUAUUGGCAAUGAAAGGUUUACGAGCUACAUGGCCCUGAUCCACUCUCGAUUCUCAACAAAUACAUUUCCUAGCUGGGAUCGUGCUCAACCUAUGCGUGUCUUGGGCCACAAUGGAGAAAUUAACACUCUUAGAGGCAAUGUAAACUGGAUGAAGGCCCGUGAGGGUCUAUUAAAGUGUAAGGAGCUUGGUCUCUCAACUAAUGAGUUAAAGAUGCUUCUACCAAUUGUUGAUGCCAGUUCAUCUGAUUCAGGAGCUUUUGAUGGCGUCCUUGAGUUUCUGGUUCGAGCUGGUAGAAGUCUUCCUGAAGCAAUUAUGAUGAUGAUUCCUGAAGCAUGGCAAAAUGACAAGAAUAUGGACUCUGAUCGAAAGGCACUGUAUGAAUAUUUCUCAGCUCUGAUGGAGCCAUGGGAUGGCCCAGCUCUUAUAUCAUUUACUGAUGGCCGCUAUCUGGGAGCAACUUUGGACCGCAACGGGCUGCGACCUGGGCGUUUCUACGUCACCCACAGUGGACGAGUUAUCAUGGCCAGUGAAGUUGGUGUAGUAGACAUUCCACCUGAAGAUGUGAGUAGGAAAGGCAGGCUAAACCCUGGCAUGAUGCUUUUAGUGGAUUUUGAGAAGCAUAUUGUUGUUGAUGAUGACGCCUUGAAGCAGCAAUACUCACUGGCAAGGCCUUAUGGCGAGUGGCUUAAAAGGCAAAAAAUUGAACUCAAGGAUAUAGUUGACUCUGUUCAUGAAUCUGAAAGGGCCCUUCCUCUUAUUGCGGGAGUGAUUCCUGCGUCUAGCAAUGAUGGCAACAUGGAAAACAUGGGCAUUCAUGGUUUACUGGCUCCAUUGAAAGCUUUUGGUUACACUGUUGAAGCUUUGGAAAUGUUGUUGCUACCCAUGGCAAAAGAUGGUGUAGAAGCCCUUGGUUCUAUGGGAAAUGAUACUCCCUUGGCUGUAAUGUCUAACAGAGAAAAGCUCACUUUUGAGUACUUCAAGCAAAUGUUUGCCCAAGUAACAAAUCCUCCAAUUGAUCCUAUUCGGGAGAAGAUAGUCACCUCCAUGGAAUGCAUGGUUGGUCCAGAAGGUGACCUGACGGAGACCACUGAAGAACAAUGUCAUCGUCUUUCUUUAAAAGGUCCUCUUUUAUCUAUCGAAGAAACAGAAGCAAUCAAAAAGAUGAAUUAUAGAGGUUGGCAAAGCAAAGUUCUAGACAUAACUUAUUCUAAGGACCGAGGUAGCAAGGGACUGGAGGAGACACUGGAUAGGAUAUGUGCUGAAGCACAUGAUGCAAUUAAGGAGGGUUAUACAUUACUUGUGCUUUCUGACAGAGCUUUCUCACCUAAGCGUGUUGCUGUAAGCUCCCUCUUGGCUGUUGGUGCUGUACAUCAACAUCUAGUUAAAAAGCUUGAGCGAACUCAAGUUGGGUUGAUAGUUGAAACUGCUGAGCCACGUGAAGUACACCAUUUCUGUACACUGGUUGGAUUUGGUGCAGAUGGUAUAUGCCCAUACUUGGCUAUAGAAGCUGUUUGGAGAUUGCAGGUUGAUGGAAAGAUCCCACCGAAAGCAAGUGGUGAGUUUCACUCCAAGGAAGAACUGGUAAAGAGGUACUUCAAAGCAAGCAACUAUGGAAUGAUGAAGGUUCUUGCCAAGAUGGGGAUAUCAACUUUGGCAUCUUAUAAGGGUGCUCAGAUUUUUGAAGCUCUGGGUCUUUCAUCAGAAGUGAUCGAGAGGUGCUUUGCAGGAACCCCAAGUAGAGUUGAGGGUGCAACAUUUGAGAUGCUUGCACGUGAUGCGCUUCAUCUGCAUGAGUUGGCGUUUCCUUCUCGAGCUUUCCCUCCUGGAAGUGCGGAAGCUGUUGCACUGCCAAACCCAGGGAAUUAUCAUUGGAGGAAAGGUGGUGAACUUCACUUGAAUGAUCCCCUUGCCAUAGCAAAGCUGCAAGAGGCUGCCCGAACUAACAGUGUAGCUGCCUACAAAGAAUAUUCCAAGCUUAUUCAUGAGUUGAAUAAAGGCUGCAAUUUGCGGGGGCUCUUGAAAUUUAAAGAGGCAAAGGAAAAAGUUCCUUUGGAUGAAGUGGAACCUGCCAGCGAAAUUGUCAAACGGUUCUGUACUGGGGCCAUGAGUUAUGGAUCAAUAUCAUUGGAGGCACACACAACAUUGGCUAUUGCUAUGAAUAAGAUUGGAGGAAAGUCGAAUACAGGUGAGGGAGGUGAGCAGCCAUCUCGCAUGGAGCCUCUUGCAGAUGGCUCAAGGAACCCAAAAAGGAGUGCAAUUAAGCAGGUUGCAAGUGGGAGAUUUGGAGUUUCGAGUUAUUACCUUACUAAUGCUGAUGAAUUACAGAUAAAAAUGGCUCAGGGGGCCAAGCCUGGUGAAGGAGGUGAGCUUCCUGGACACAAAGUUGUAGGAGAAAUUGCGGUCACCAGAAAUUCUACUGCUGGGGUGGGACUUAUAAGUCCUCCUCCACAUCAUGAUAUUUAUUCAAUUGAAGAUCUUGCCCAAUUAAUUCAUGAUCUUAAGAACUCCAACCCCGCGGCUCGAAUUAGUGUGAAGUUGGUAUCUGAAGUUGGCGUGGGAGUAGUUGCUAGUGGAGUGGUGAAGGGGCAUGCUGACCACGUUCUGAUCUCAGGUCAUGAUGGAGGAACAGGGGCCUCUAGAUGGACUGGAAUCAAGAAUGCUGGGCUCCCAUGGGAACUUGGUUUGGCCGAAACUCACCAGACAUUGGUUGCUAAUGACCUUCGUGGUCGAACAGUUCUCCAGACAGAUGGCCAACUUAAAACUGGAAGAGAUGUGGCCAUAGCUGCACUUCUUGGUGCUGAAGAAUUUGGCUUCAGCACAGCACCUCUCAUUACUCUUGGCUGCAUCAUGAUGCGGAAGUGCCACAAGAAUACCUGCCCUGUGGGCAUUGCUACCCAAGAUCCAGUACUUCGAGAGAAGUUUGCUGGAGAACCGGAACAUGUUAUUAACUUUUUCUUCAUGGUAGCAGAGGAAAUGAGGGAAAUUAUGUCACAACUUGGACUUCGAACUGUAAGAGAGAUGGUUGGCCGUUCAGAUAUGCUUGAAGUGGAUAAACAAGUGACUAAGAACAAUGAGAAGCUGGACAAUAUUGAUCUCUCUUUAGUACUUAGACCUGCUGCUGAACUUCGACCUGAAGCUGCACAGUACUGUGUCCAGAAACAGGAUCAUGGCUUGGAUAUGGCACUGGACCAAGAACUUAUUUCACUGUCUACAGCUGCAUUAGAAAAGAGUCUUCCUGUGUACAUUGAAACACCAAUCUACAAUGUGAACCGUGCUGUUGGAACAAUGCUUAGUCACGAAGUGACUAAACGCUAUCAAAUGGCAGGGCUUCCUGCAGAUACCAUCCAUAUCAAAUUCACUGGAAGUGCAGGUCAGAGCCUUGGAGCAUUCCUCUGCCCUGGAAUAACACUGGAGCUUGAAGGUGACAGCAAUGACUAUGUCGGUAAAGGGUUAUCUGGUGGCAAGAUUGUAGUUUAUCCUCCAAGGGAAAGCAAGUUUGAUCCAAAAGAAAACAUUGUAAUAGGUAAUGUGGCUCUCUAUGGGGCAACAAGUGGGGAGGCAUAUUUCAAUGGGAUGGCAGCAGAAAGAUUUUGUGUUCGUAAUUCGGGGGCUAAGGCCGUUGUUGAAGGAGUUGGUGAUCAUGGAUGUGAGUACAUGACUGGUGGGAAUGUUGUUGUACUUGGAAAAACUGGCAGAAAUUUUGCUGCAGGUAUGAGCGGUGGUAUUGCAUAUGUUCUUGAUGUGGAUGGAAAAUUCCAAUCUCGAUGCAAUACUGAGCUUGUAGAUCUUGAUAAAGUUGAACAAGAAGAGGAUAUAAUGACUCUUAGAAUGAUGAUACAGCAACAUCAGCGUCACACAAACAGCCAGCUUGCCAAAGAAAUACUUGUUAACUUUGAGAAUCUUCUGCCUAAAUUCAUUAAAGUUUUCCCUAGGGAGUAUAAACGGGUUCUUGCAAACAUGAAAGCAGAGGAAGCCUCCAAGGAAGCUGUUGAACAUGCUUCUGAAGAAGCUGAUGAACAAGAUGAGGGAGAAUUAUUGAAAAAAGAUGCUUUUGAAGAGCUUAAGAAGUUAGCAUCUGCAUCUUUUAAUGGAACAUCCAAUCAGAAGGUAGAAGAGGCUGAACCAUUGAAGAGGCCUACUCAGGUUACCAAUGCAGUCAAACAUCGAGGGUUUGUAUCAUAUGAGCGUGAGGGUGUUCAUUAUAGGGAUCCUAAUGUUCGGAUGAAUGACUGGAAGGAGGUUAUGGAGGAAUCAGAACCUGGCCCACUUUUAAAGACUCAGUCAGCCCGCUGCAUGGACUGCGGUACUCCUUUCUGCCAUCAGGAGAAUUCUGGAUGUCCUCUUGGAAACAAAAUACCUGAAUUUAAUGAGUUAGUGUACCAAAAUAGGUGGCGUGAGGCAUUAGAUCGUCUCCUUGAGACAAAUAACUUCCCAGAGUUUACUGGCCGAGUGUGCCCUGCACCUUGUGAAGGUUCUUGUGUCCUGGGCAUUAUUGAGAAUCCUGUAUCUAUCAAGAGCAUUGAAUGUGCCAUUAUAGACAAGGCCUUUGAGGAGGGAUGGAUGGUACCACGGCCUCCCCUGAAGAGAACUGGAAAAAGAGUUGCAAUUGUUGGAAGUGGACCAGCUGGCUUGGCUGCUGCUGAUCAGCUAAACAGAAUGGGACAUACGGUGACUGUGUAUGAGCGUGCUGACAGAAUUGGAGGACUUAUGAUGUAUGGUGUUCCAAACAUGAAGGCUGACAAAGUGGAUGUAGUUCAACGGCGGGUGAACCUUAUGGCUCAAGAAGGUGUCAAUUUUGUGGUUAAUGCUAGUGUUGGAACUGAUCCCUUGUAUUCUCUUGAUCGGCUCCGAGAGGAGAAUGAUUCUGUUGUUUUGGCAGUAGGAGCCACAAAACCAAGGGACCUUUCUGUACCAGGACGGGAGCUAUCAGGAGUCCAUUUUGCUAUGGAGUUUCUUCAUGCAAAUACUAAAAGCUUGCUUGAUAGCAACCUCCAGGAUGGUAACUACAUCUCUGCAAAGGGAAAGAAAGUAGUGGUCAUUGGUGGAGGUGACACUGGCACGGAUUGCAUAGGGACAUCUAUCCGGCAUGGAUGUAGUAGCAUUGUAAAUCUAGAGCUUCUCCCUGCGCCACCACGAACUAGGGCCCCAGGCAACCCUUGGCCACAGUGGCCUCUUAUAUUCCGGGUGGACUAUGGGCAUCAGGAAGCUGCAACCAAGUUUGGAAAAGACCCAAGAUCUUAUGAGGUAUUGACCAAGCGAUUUAUUGGAGAUGAGAAUGGGGUUGUCAAAGGGCUUGAAAUUGUACGUCUCCAAUGGGAGAAGGAUGCUAGUGGGAAGUUGCAGCGCAAGGAAGUUGAGGGCUCUGAGGAGAUCAUCGAGGCUGACCUUGUUCUACUAGCCAUGGGAUUUCUUGGCCCUGAGCCGACAGCAGCAGAGAAGUUGGGUUUGGAGCAAGACAAUCGAUCAAACAUCAAGGCAGACUAUGGCCGUUUCUCAACCAAUGUAGAUGGGGUCUUUGCUGCAGGUGAUUGUCGGCGUGGCCAGUCUUUGGUAGUAUGGGCAAUCUCUGAAGGCCGGCAAGCUGCUGCACAGGUUGAUAAAUAUCUUACAAGGGAGGAAAAGGACCUUGAAGUUAGCCCUGUUAUCAAGGAAGACCUUAUCAAGAGGCACCAUGACCUUAACAAGAGGCACCAAGAUAGCAGCAAACACACUGUAAUGACAUAGGUGACGUCAAUUAUUCUUUCCCAUACAGUAUUCAAACGAAAGAAGAUAUAGAAAAAGUAUAAAUUCAAAAAUUGGAGUGGGAGGAAAAAGUGGAUUUCCUUGGGUAGCGGCAAAGGUUUUUGCAGAAGUAAGAAAUAGCUUCAAAGUGGCUGGACAUAGAUUUUAGGAUUUUGGGUUUAAUUUAUGUAUUAAUAAUGUUUAUAGGUUCUUUAAAUUUGGUCGUUAUUAAGGAAUAAAAUGUACAGUUUUGCUUCUAAAUUAUUGAUUAAAGAAUUGCGUAUGGGAAAUUUAAAAUUUUUUUAA